UUAUACAUAGACUAGAAGGCUCUUAACGUUUGAAUACAACCAUUGUUUGUAUAAGUGUCUCGAAGACGAAGGACGAUUUAUGAAACAUUAAGGAUUUAAAAGGAAUUUUUUAUAAAUAAACAUAAAGGGACUGAACCUUCCAUAAGUACAAACAACAUCCGUUUAUGGACAAGCAACGCCUGAAACUACCAACAUCAUGGAAUGUUCCUGUUCUUUGUGUUCGCUUCACCGCCGACACAUUUUGUUAGAAAACUUGUUUUUUCCAAGAAACCUUUUUAUUAUACAAGUAUUUCGUGAAAACGAACGCAUUUUUAGACCAGCAGUUUUUGAAAACGAACUUUUUUCUGGACCAGAAGAAAAUGGCAAAGUUCUUCUGCCAGAAAUUUUGGUCUAUAUUUUCUUUGAUGUCACGGUAUUUUCCAAAGAAGUGGUUCAUGGUAGACAAGCGGUAGCAGUACAUGGCAAACAUGUGCAAACGGUAAAUGGAUUCAAGGAGAGUGUUACUGAUUUUAUGAACAGAUAUUUAGUAACAACAUUGAAAACAAACUGUACAAAUAGACAUUUAUCUACAGAAAACAGAUACAUUUUGCCGUAAACAAGGCAAAUCAUCGCUAAACCGGGACAUAGAAGGAAACAGGUAAACAACCAAUAAUAAUGGGAGCAAAAAUAUCGAAAUUUGUGAUCCCUGACUCUUGUUAUCCUAGCUACCAGUAUACAAAAAGGCAUGCGGCUACUAUAAUAGAUGACUAUACAGAAGUAAGACUAAGAAUUUUGCAAAACCAGAAACCUGUUAUUGACAAAGAAACUCGAACUGAUAUUACGCUUCGUGUAUCUGAACCAUUAGACAAAAAGUUACUUUUGCAUCCUGCGGACUUUGUUUUAAGAGCUUCUAAAAAAUGCCGAAUACAUGUGGAAAACAUCGGAAAAACAUUUGCUCUGCUCUAUAGUUCAUACUUCGCAAAUAGUACGGUGAUAGCUAUAGAAAGGUUCGGAGUUGAAGAGAAUGAACCGGUGCCUUUAUUUCUUCUGCUCGCCGAGGAUAAAGAAGACAUGGCAGGUUUUGAAAACAGAGUAUUAAAAAACAUGCAAGUUUGUCUGAAAGAAAAUGUAAAUGUUAAAAUCUGUGAAAUGCUGGAACGUGACAUAAUUCUUCAGAUGAAAAAGGUGUAUGAAGACCUAGAAAAAGUUCAGUGUUACAUUGAGAAUCAGCAGAAGACUGCCAACCAUCAGAAAACUAUCGGCAUACCAUGCUCGUGUUCAAAUGAAAAAGGAAGUUGCAAGUGCUAUGGAAGCAUUAUAGAAGAAAUAAAGCGUCUACAAGCAGACAUUACGGGUUUGGUCAAAAGAAGUAAAGUGCCCGAAGACCAGAAACCGCAACUAAACACAGAUAUAGAAAUAGAGGUUGAUAGAAAGGUAAUCGAUGCCUUUUUGAAAACAAGUCAAUCUAUUGAUCACUGUGGGUAUAAUCUAGACACAUUGUAUAUUUUUGUGAGCGAAAAAUACCCAAGUGAAAAGUUGAAAGCAAAUAUUGAAAAAACAAUGACAGAACUGUGCAUAAAGAACUUUCGUAUUGUUUCAUCUCAUGUUGACGAUUAUUCAAAUCCUGCAUCUGGAUCAGGUGUUGUUGUGAAAACAAUGAAAGGGAAUGAAACAAUUUCAUUGUCUGGAACUUUAGCUGGGUUUGGCCGUUUAGAGAGAAACGAGAGUUUGGUGGCAAUCAUGUCGAGACAUCUGGCUAAAUGCAGCAUGGACAGAAGACUGUAUAUACAGAAUGAGCAUGGUUUGAAUUGUGUGACAGGUGAUAUUAUGAACCAGCUCUUUCAAAAUCCUAAAGCUGUGCGUAAUAUUUUGCGCGAUGAAAAUGGCGAUUCUGCUGAUACCGCUCUUGUACCAGCUGGAACAUCGAACGAAGAUGAAAACCAAAAAAUAUAUGUGGACAUGGCUUUUGCCUACAUAGACAAUAACGACGAACCCGUUUGUGAUACCAUGUAUAGAACAGAUAAGGGAAAACCGGUCGCAGGAAGACCCUGUGCCUUGGAUCCGAAAAAAUUGUUUCGUCUACCAGUAUACAUAUGGGGACAUGCUACAGGGCUUGGUCAUGGCAUCAUUGCAAUGUCAAAGACUUUUCCGGUGAAUGAUUCAGGCAACCAUCUUUUAAUGAUCGAAGAUAAAAAGGGCAAUACCUUCUGCAAAGAAGGUGAUAGUGGAGCAAUGGUUUGUGCAGAUGACCCUGACAACUAUGGAGACAAGGUUCAGUUAGUUUCAAUCGUUAUGGGGGCUGUUGUUGGCGAAAAGGGAAAAUAUCAGACAGUAAAGAUAAGAGAAGGCCUGGAGUACAUAGCUGAUGAAAUUGGAGAAAAUAUCAGUAUGUGCUAAGAUAUAGCUUAUUCCUUUCCUUGACUUUUACAUUGUCGCUUGUCAAGUAUGGUUACAUUAUAACACGAAUAAAUGUCUAAUGUUAAUCAGGAAUAUGUCUGAUGUAUGAACGUAAUAAAACUGUGUUCUUAAUUUUACAAAUACUAGUAUGCAUCCUGGUUGAGUUACUCUAUUGUGAAAUGAAAGUACUGUGAUAAAUUCACAUCUGCAUGUUUAAUGAACACUACCUUAUAGGUUAUUAUGAACGCGAUAUUUGUACAUACGCAUGUAUCGUAAAAAAGUGCAUGCUAAAGUGUUCUAUGUUGUAUUCUUAUAAUACACAUUAACUUGAAACUGUUUUAUCAUACUGUUUACGUACCUGAUAUUUAUCUGGAAUGAUGAGACUAUCAAAUAUUUACUCUUAUUUUCAUGUGUCAUCAUAACACAUAAUUCUCUGAACAUUUAGACAUGGGCAGUUGUUGAUUGUUAUUUAACCAUGAAUAUUAUUGCACCAUUUCUAUGUUUAAAUUUCAUCUUAUUGAGCUGAUAUCUUCUAAUCUAAUGCAUUUUUAUACGUUUAACUUUUAAUUCUUAAAUAUGUAAUAAUAUA